AUGAGAGGAUAAAACCAACCAUACUAUUAACUUUGCUCUCCUUAAAGAGCACCUUAAAGAAUUUAAGUUACAACUUAGCAACCUAGUUAAAAUGAUAAGUUGAUAAGCUUAAAAUGUGAAAAAGUGUUGAUGGGAUUUGAAAUACAAAGGCAAAAUUAAAUAAUAAAGGAGCUUGAAGAAAACAAAAAUUAGUUAGAGUAACAAAUGUAAAUUAAUUUUAUAAUAUAGAAAAACAUAUAAAGAUGAAUAAAAGAUCUUACUUUUAGAAAUCUCUAAUUUAAAUUAAGAAAUGAAUAAAGCGUAGGAGUAAGAGAAAAAACAUAGAGAGCAGCUGAAUUCCUAUAUCAGGAAUUAACCUUAAUUGGAUAAUUAGAUGAAAAUAGAUUUAUCUGGAGAAUAUGAAAAAUUAAAGGAAGAAAAUUAAUAUUUAGAGUCCAAAAUAUCUUAUUUAUUAAGCAUUAAUUAGUUAGAAAAUAAAUAAGAUAUUUCAUCCAUAAAAAAAUUAAAUCUCGAUCAAAGUGAAGCCUACAAUCAUAUUCCUGUUAAUAUUCAAAAGCUUUUAGAAUAACUUUAAAAUAAUAUCUAAAAUUAUAAAUAAGGAAAUUCCAUCUAAACUAAAUACCUUAAUUCUAUAUCUAUUUUAAAGGAAUUAAUUAAAUCCUAAAUAUCAUACCUCACUAAACAAGAUAAUUUCAAUAAAGAAGUUGAUUAUUAAUAGCUAGAAAUAUAUUUGACAACUAUUAAUUAAGAUAUCGAUGAAUUGAAAGCUUAUGAAACCCCAAAAGCAGUUAGACGAAUUUUAAACAAUUAAAGUCCAUAAUUAGGUAGAUCAUGUUCUUAAGGAUUAUCAUCUGAUGAAGUCUUUUCUAAGAUAAUUGGACAUAUUGAACAUUUGUAAUAAGCUGCAUCAAAUAUCCCGACUAUCUUAAAAUAAAUUUCAUUGCUUAAUUCUUUAGUUAGAUUAAAAAAUGAUGACCUCAAACUUAUAAGCAAUAAUAAUAAAUUAAAAUAAUCACCUACAAGAUUUUCAAUCGCCCUCACUCCGGUUAAAUACUUAAGCCCAAUUAGAAUUUCUCCUUUAAAAAUACAACCAUUUAUUAUGAAUAUGAGUGCUCCUUAGAAAGUUUCUAUCAUUUAAUCAAAUAUUCAUGAUUCACAUUAAACUAACUAAAGAUAAAAUGUUAUUGAUUCAUUUCCAAUUUAAUAAAGAGACGAAUUUUAGAAUGUUCUAAAUUCAUUUAGAGAUAAUUAAGACAAAAUAAAUUAAUUGGAAUUUGAAAAAUUAUAAUUAUAGGAACAAGUUAAAUUGCUGAGAUAAAAAUAUGACUAGUUGAUUGAAAACUAAAUAUAGUAGCCUUAAGACUAAAACUUAAGGUAAUUGGAAAGCUUGGAUGCAGAAAAUUUAAUACUAAAAAGAUAAAAUAUAGAUUUAAAGUAAUAAGUUAAGGAAUUAAUAGAUGAUAGAAUAAAACUAUAAUAAUAAUAUGAUAUAAGUAAAAAUUAAUAUUAAGAAAUAUUAAAUCAAUUACAUCAGGAAAAAAAACCUGAAGAUUAUAAGAAACAAAUAGUAUUAUAAUAGGAGCAAAUACAUAAUUUGGAAAAUGAAAAAUUGAUGAAAAAUGACGAAUUUAAAAUUUUAAUGGAAGAAAAUGACACUUUGAAAAAAAAUUAAAUCUAACUUUAAGAUUAAAUAAUAGAAUUAUUAAAAUAAUUGAAUUAAUAGAAUAUAUAAUAGUUUGAUGAAAGAGAUGUUGAGAGUAUAGACGAAUAGCAGGAAGAUAGAUUAAAAUAAAUGAAUAUUUUGCAAACAGAAAAUAUAAUAUUAAAAGAUCAGCUUGCAGAGGUUGAAUAGUAAAGAUAAGAUGAUCUUAAGUCUUUCAAAUCAAUUAUAGGAAAUGGUGCAGAUUAAUAAUGUAUUGCAGAUUUAGUGACUUAAAAAUAAAAAUUAUAAUCUGAUUAAAGAUAAUAGUUAAUUUAGAUAAAUAAAUUAUAGUAAGAACUUAUAGAAUAAUAAAAUGAAAAUAAUUAAUUAAAAUAACAAUUUAAAGAAAUAAAAGAAUAGAAAUAGUUUAAAGAUCCAAAAGAUGCUUCUUAAUAAACACAGAAUGAAUUAGAUCAAUUAAAAAAGGAAUAAAUCAAAUUAAAGGAUGAAUUACUCUAAACCUAGUAAAAGCUAAAUGAAUAAUUGCAAUAAUAAAUCUAAAAACCUCAAGGUACUGAGCAACAGAUUCAAUUCUAAACAGAUCCUGAAAAAGUCUUAUAAAUCAGCUCACUCUAGGCAGAAUGUGUGAAUCUCAAGAAACAAAUAUAGGAUGUUGAGUAGUAGAGAAAGGAUGAUCUAAAAUCUUUUGAGAAAAUGCUUGGAGAAGGAGUCAAUGAAUCCCAAGUUAUUGGCUUGACUUCUGAUAAAUAAUAACUCUAAUCUGAUUUAAGACAAUUACAAAAUAAAUGUGAUCAAUUGUAGUAAGAGCAAAUCGCAUUGUAGAAUUAAUUACUUUAGAAGAACAAAUAAAUUGUGGAUUUACAGGAUGAAACCAAACAAAACGAGAAAGAAGAAAAAAUUCGAGAAAAGGAUAACGAGAUAAAACUUUUAGAACAACAAGUACAAACAGCUAAAGAUCAAUAUUAAGAGCUUUUAGACUUGCAAUAAUAGAACUUAACUCCUGGAGGAUAAAAAGAAAAGAUAUUACAAUAAACCAAAGAAAUUCAUGAUUAAUAAGAAGUGAUUAAUGAACUUCAACAGAAGGUGGAAACUGAAGUGCCACAGCUUUAAGGACAAUUAACCGAAGCUUAGGAGAAAUUGAAGGAUGCACAAAAGGAUGCAGAAUUGUGGAAUAAAAAGUAUCAUGAAUUGCUAGAGAGCAAAUAAACUUAAGUUCAGAACAUUCUUGCUCCAGAAGAUAUUGAAAAAUUAACUUCUGAAGAAGCCAAAAAUGCUCUUACAUAAUUGAACAAGUAAUAUUCAGAUAAAGCUCAAGAAAAUAGAGAAUUAGAGAUGGUUGUUUAGCACCUUCGAUAAGAUCUGGAUUCUUCAUAAGAGAAAUUAUAACAGCAAGUGAAAGAAGCACAACAAGAAAAAGCUGUACAAGAAUAAUAAACUCAACUCCUUAAUAAUUAACUGAAAGAUUUGGUUGCAAAGGAUGAAGCUCAAAGAGCAGAAAUCUUGGAUUUGAAAAACAAAGUUGAUUAAGAGAAUGCUGACUUUUGGAAAAAACAAUAUUAGUAAUUGGCAGAAAAGUAACCUGAAAUUAGCUCAACAUAGGCAGGAGACCUACAAGAACAACAAGUAGCCUAACAAGAAGGAGAAGUGAAGCCCAGAGAAGGUUUGAAUGAAGAAGUUGAAUUACUGAAAAUAAAAUUAGAAAAAUUAAAUGAUCUGUAAAAAGAAAAUGAAGAAUUGAAAGCAUAAUAGAUAUUAAUUUAAGAUGAAUUACUCUAAACCUAGUAAAAGCUAAAUGAAUAAUUGCAAUAAUAAAUCUAAAAACCUCAAGGUACUGAGCAACAGAUUCAAUUCUAAACAGAUCCUGAAAAAGUCUUAUAAAUCAGCUCACUCUAGGCAGAAUGUGUGAAUCUCAAGAAACAAAUAUAGGAUGUUGAGUAGUAGAGAAAGGAUGAUCUAAAAUCUUUUGAGAAAAUGCUUGGAGAAGGAGUCAAUGAAUCCCAAGUUAUUGGCUUGACUUCUGAUAAAUAAUAACUCUAAUCUGAUUUAAGACAAUUACAAAAUAAAUGUGAUCAAUUGUAGUAAGAGCAAAUCGCAUUGUAGAAUUAAUUACUUUAGAAGAACAAAUAAAUUGUGGAUUUACAGGAUGAAACCAAACAAAACGAGAAAGAAGAAAAAAUUCGAGAAAAGGAUAACGAGAUAAAACUUUUAGAACAACAAGUACAAACAGCUAAAGAUCAAUAUUAAGAGCUUUUAGACUUGCAAUAAUAGAACUUAACUCCUGGAGGAUAAAAAGAAAAGAUAUUACAAUAAACUAAAGAAAUUCAUGAUUAAUAAGAAGUGAUUAAUGAACUUCAACAGAAAGUGGAAACUGAGAUCCCUUAACUCAAAUAACUUUUAUGUGAAGCUGAAGAAAAAUUUAAAGUAGCUUAAAAUCAAGCAGAUUUAUGGAACAAAAAUUAUAAAGAUCUUUAAGAAGCUAAAUAAGAAUAAAUUGAUGAUUAUGUCAAGCAAGAUGAAAUACAAAGUUAUACUUUAGAUUAAGCUAAAGAUACUUUAUUAAAAUUGAAUGAAGAAUUGAAGAAAUAAAAGUAGAUCAAUAACGAAUAAUUAUAAGUUAACGAAAAUCUAUAAAAAUAGUUAAAAGAUCCAAAAGAUGCUACAUAAUAAACACAGAAUGAAUUAGAUCAAUUAAAAAAGGAAUAAAUCAAAUUAAAGGAUGAAUUACUCUAAACCUAGUAAAAGCUAAAUGAAUAAUUGCAAUAAUAAAUCUAAAAACCUCAAGGUGUUGAGCAACAGAUUCAAUUCUAAACAGAUCCUGAAAAAGUCUUAUAAAUCAGCUCACUCUAGGCAGAAUGUGUGAAUCUCAAGAAACAAAUAUAGGAUGUUGAGUAGUAGAGAAAGGAUGAUCUAAAAUCUUUUGAGAAAAUGCUUGGAGAAGGAGUCAAUGAAUCCCAAGUUAUUGGCUUGACUUCUGAUAAAUAGUAACUCUAAUCUGAUUUAAGACAAUUACAAAAUAAAUGUGAUCAAUUGUAGUAAGAGCAAAUCGCAUUGUAGAAUUAAUUACUUUAGAAGAACAAAUAAAUUGUGGAUUUACAGGAUGAAACCAAACAAAACGAGAAAGAAGAAAAAAUUCGAGAAAAGGAUAACGAGAUAAAACUUUUAGAACAACAAGUACAAACAGCUAAAGAUCAGUAUUAAGAGCUUUUAGACUUGCAAUAAUAGAACUUAACUCCUGGAGGACAAAAAGAAAAGAUAUUACAAUAAACUAAAGAAAUUCAUGAUUAAUAAGAAGUGAUUAAUGAACUUCAACAGAAAGUGGAAACUGAGAUCCCUUAACUCAAAUAACUUUUAUGUGAAGCUGAAGAAAAAUUUAAAGUAGCUUAAAAUCAAGCAGAUUUAUGGAACAAAAAUUAUAAAGAUCUUUAAGAAGCUAAAUAAGAAUAAAUUGAUGAUUAUGUCAAGCAAGAUGAAAUACAAAGUUAUACUUUAGAUUAAGCUAAAGAUACUUUAUUAAAAUUGAAUGAAGAAUUGAAGAAAUAAAAGUAGAUCAAUAACGAAUAAUUAUAAGUUAACGAAAAUCUAUAAAAAUAGUUAAAAGAUCCAAAAGAUGCUACAUAAUAAACACAGAAUGAAUUAGAUCAAUUAAAAAAGGAAUAAAUCAAAUUAAAGGAUGAAUUACUCUAAACCUAGUAAAAGCUAAAUGAAUAAUUGCAAUAAUAAAUCUAAAAACCUCAAGGUACUGAGCAACAGAUUCAAUUCUAAACAGAUCCUGAAAAAGUCUUAUAAAUCAGCUCACUCUAGGCAGAAUGUGUGAAUCUCAAGAAACAAAUAUAGGAUGUUGAGUAGUAGAGAAAGGAUGAUCUAAAAUCUUUUGAGAAAAUGCUUGGAGAAGGAGUCAAUGAAUCCCAAGUUAUUGGCUUGACUUCUGAUAAAUAAUAACUCUAAUCUGAUUUAAGACAAUUACAAAAUAAAUGUGAUCAAUUGUAGUAAGAGCAAAUCGCAUUGUAGAAUUAAUUACUUUAGAAGAACAAAUAAAUUGUGGAUUUACAGGAUGAAACCAAACAAAACGAGAAAGAAGAAAAAAUUCGAGAAAAGGAUAACGAGAUAAAACUUUUAGAACAACAAGUACAAACAGCUAAAGAUCAAUAUUAAGAGCUUUUAGACUUGCAAUAAUAGAACUUAACUCCUGGAGGAUAAAAAGAAAAGAUAUUACAAUAAACCAAAGAAAUUCAUGAUUAAUAAGAAGUGAUUAAUGAACUUCAACAGAAGGUGGAAACUGAAGUGCCACAGCUUUAAGGACAAUUAACCGAAGCUUAGGAGAAAUUGAAGGAUGCACAAAAGGAUGCAGAAUUGUGGAAUAAAAAGUAUCAUGAAUUGCUAGAGAGCAAAUAAACUUAAGUUCAGAACAUUCUUGCUCCAGAAGAUAUUGAAAAAUUAACUUCUGAAGAAGCCAAAAAUGCUCUUACAUAAUUGAACAAGUAAUAUUCAGAUAAAGCUCAAGAAAAUAGAGAAUUAGAGAUGGUUGUUUAGCACCUUCGAUAAGAUCUGGAUUCUUCAUAAGAGAAAUUAUAACAGCAAGUGAAAGAAGCACAACAAGAAAAAGCUGUACAAGAAUAAUAAACUCAACUCCUUAAUAAUUAACUGAAAGAUUUGGUUGCAAAGGAUGAAGCUCAAAGAGCAGAAAUCUUGGAUUUGAAAAACAAAGUUGAUUAAGAGAAUGCUGACUUUUGGAAAAAACAAUAUUAGUAAUUGGCAGAAAAGUAACCUGAAAUUAGCUCAACAUAGGCAGGAGACCUACAAGAACAACAAGUAGCCUAACAAGAAGGAGAAGUGAAGCCCAGAGAAGGUUUGAAUGAAGAAGUUGAAUUACUGAAAAUAAAAUUAGAAAAAUUAAAUGAUCUGUAAAAAGAAAAUGAAGAAUUGAAAGCAUAAUAGAUAUUAAUUUAAGAUGAAUUACUCUAAACCUAGUAAAAGCUAAAUGAAUAAUUGCAAUAAUAAAUCUAAAAACCUCAAGGUACUGAGCAACAGAUUCAAUUCUAAACAGAUCCUGAAAAAGUCUUAUAAAUCAGCUCACUCUAGGCAGAAUGUGUGAAUCUCAAGAAACAAAUAUAGGAUGUUGAGUAGUAGAGAAAGGAUGAUCUAAAAUCUUUUGAGAAAAUGCUUGGAGAAGGAGUCAAUGAAUCCCAAGUUAUUGGCUUGACUUCUGAUAAAUAAUAACUCUAAUCUGAUUUAAGACAAUUACAAAAUAAAUGUGAUCAAUUGUAGUAAGAGCAAAUCGCAUUGUAGAAUUAAUUACUUUAGAAGAACAAAUAAAUUGUGGAUUUACAGGAUGAAACCAAACAAAACGAGAAAGAAGAAAAAAUUCGAGAAAAGGAUAACGAGAUAAAACUUUUAGAACAACAAGUACAAACAGCUAAAGAUCAAUAUUAAGAGCUUUUAGACUUGCAAUAAUAGAACUUAACUCCUGGAGGAUAAAAAGAAAAGAUAUUACAAUAAACCAAAGAAAUUCAUGAUUAAUAAGAAGUGAUUAAUGAACUUCAACAGAAGGUGGAAACUGAAGUGCCACAGCUUUAAGGACAAUUAACCGAAGCUUAGGAGAAAUUGAAGGAUGCACAAAAGGAUGCAGAAUUGUGGAAUAAAAAGUAUCAUGAAUUGCUAGAGAGCAAAUAAACUUAAGUUCAGAACAUUCUUGCUCCAGAAGAUAUUGAAAAAUUAACUUCUGAAGAAGCCAAAAAUGCUCUUACAUAAUUGAACAAGUAAUAUUCAGAUAAAGCUCAAGAAAAUAGAGAAUUAGAAUAAAACUCAAAAGAGUAAGCACUUGCUUUAUUUUAAAAAUAAUAAGAAAUAGAAUCUUUAUAAAUCAAACUUGAUUAGAUAACAGAAUGUUCUAAUAUAUAAAAGCAAUAAUUAUAAAGCACUACUGAUGAUUACACUUCAUAAAUAGAUUUGUUAAAAUAAUAAAUUUCAGAUCUCAAAUCCUAAAUUGAUUAGAACAAUGCUGCUUUUUGGAAAUAAUCAUAUUAUUCAUUAUUAGAAGAAACAAAAUAAAUAAAUUAAAAUGUUCCUCAAUAAGAUAUACAAUAAAAAGAAGAAUAAAUUUCUGAUAAUCAAUCUGUGAUUAAUGCUUAAAAACCAUAAGAAGAAUAAUAGCUUUUGAAAUAAUAAUAUGAGGAAUUAACAUAGAUUAAACUUUAGCUUCAACAAGAAUUAAUAAUUGCUUAAAAUCGUAUAUCUUAACUUUUAAAUGAUUAAAUAGAAAAGCCAGCAUUUUAAGAAGAAGGAAUUUCUUUCUCUACUGAUCCAUAAAAAGCCUUACUUCUCUCUUAAUUAGAACAAAAAAAUUUGUAAUUAAGUCAAUAAAUUUCUGAAAUUGAACAGUUGAGAAAAGAUGAUUUACAAAAAUUCAAAGAUAUGAUUGGCAAUGGAGUCAAUGAAAGUACUGUGGUAACUCUUAUGCAAGAAAAAUAAGCAUUAUAAUCUUAAAUAAUUAAAUUAAAAACUUAAAUAGAUUAAAAUUAAUAAGAAUAAAUUGCAAUUUCAAAUUAAUUAAUUUCAAAAACAAGCUAACUGGUAGAAUUAUAAGAAAGUUUAAAAAAUGAUGUAAGUUAGUAAAAAAUAAAAUAAUUACAAGAUGAAAAUAAUUUGCUUCAACAAGAAUUAUCAAAAGCCAAAAAAUCAUACCAAGAAUUACUUGAGUUACAAUCAGAAAAUUUAACACCAAAUGGAUAAAGAGAAAAAAUUUUAACCUAAUAGAAACAGAUUCAUGAUUUAGAAGAAUAAAGUUUAAUUUCUUAAUAAAAAAAUGAGAAUGAGGUAUCAUCAUUGGUAGGAGAAUUAAGCGAGGUUAAAUAAAAAUUAAAAGAUUCCUUAACUGAUAGUCAAUUAUGGAACAAAAAAUAUCAUGAAUUGCUUGAAAACCGUUAAAAUCUUCCAACAUUAGAGAUUGAAGAUUUACAAAAAUAAUUAUUAGAAUCCUAGUAAGAUACAGAAAAGGAGAGGGAAAAAUAUAAUAAUUUAUUAUAAGAAUAGUAUUAGCAACUAUCGCCUACUUCUGCUCAGGCUAAACUUUUGUUAGCUAUAGAUUAAAUUAAUUAAUUAAAACAGCAAUUAGAAAAAAAUUAGGCUUAAGAAAUAUAUUAAGAGCCUUAGUAAUAGAUUGAUAAUUUGUAAGAGGAAAUAGAGAACUUAAGAAAAAAAAUUGAAAAUUUAGAAAAAAUAAAUCAAAUAAGCAAUGAAUAAAUUGAAUAUUUAAAAGGGUAAUUAUAAAAAAAAGAAAUGAAUUAGCCCAGUUAACAAUUUGCAACUGAUAAUUAAGAAUUGUUGUCAAUCUAAGAAUAAAAUAUCAUAUUUUAGUCUUAAAUUAAUCAAAAACAAAAGGAAUUGAAAGAAGCAGAAAACCUAAUUUAAUAACAACAAUAAAAAAUAUUAGAUGCUUAGAAUGAUCAACAAAAAGUAGAAUUUUGGAAAAAAUAAUACACAGAUUUAUUAUCUGAAAAAUAUCCUUAAGAGAAAUCUAAAUAAAUAUAAGAAUAAAAAGAACAAUAAGUUAGUGAAGAACCUGCACUAUAAGAAAAUCUACAAACAUAAUAACUAGAGAAUUAAAUACAUUAAUUGUAAUUGGAUAAGGCAAAUCUCUCUUAAUAACUUAUAGAAUAUUAAAAUAAAGCCAAUACUGCAUUGUAGCCAAAAUAAUAAUAAGAAUUUAUAAACUCCCGUCAAAUUGAACAAAUUUAGAGUUUAGAGAAAUAAAUUGAUGAAUUAAAGAAAGAAAAUAGAGAGUAAAUAUAUUUUAAUUAUUUUUAGUAUUAUUGAAUAAAUGAGAACAGCGCUAAAUGGAAGCGAUUAGUAAAAAUAAAUAGCUGAUCUAUUAGAAAUUAACAGCAGUUUAAAGUUAAAUAAUGCAAAACUAUUGAUUGACUUAGAAAUAGAUUAGAAAGAACUAAUAAGAUAAUAAUAACAAGUUUAACUUCUAAACAAUACUAUUAAUGAUCUUUAAGAUCCAACUGUGGCAGAAAAUACAAGAUUGCGUGUCUCAGAUUUAGAGAAAUAAAUUGAUUUAAUUGGAUAACAAGUUGAUUUCUGGAAACUAAAAUAUCAGUAAGUCUUAAGUGAAUAUAGUCAACAAUUAUCUCCUACAAGUGUUCAAAAUAAAAUGUUGGAGUAAACAAAAUUAAUUCAUGACCAGGAAGAAGCAUUGAUGCUUUUAUAAAAAACAAAAGAUUAAUCAAAAUUAGAAAGUGAUUCUGAAAUUAAUAAUCUAAAAUUGUAAAUUAAAGAUCUUUAAGAAGAAAGUUUAAUUUUGAAAAAAAAAUUGCAAGAUUAUUAAAACUAAACUCAAUAAUUAUCAAUCUAAAGAGUUAUAUCUUAAGGAGAAAACGAACUUUAGGUCUAAUAUUGGAAGGAUAAAUAUCAAGAGGCUUUAGAAGCUUUAUACAAAGAUCCUGAACAUGUUUAAGAAAUACUAAAAUAAAAGGAAGAGGUUGCUUAAACUUUAUAUUUUGAUAAAGAUUCACAGUCUAUUCAUGAUUUUGAAUCUGAUUUGAUUGAAAAAUUGAGAAGUGAAAAUUAAACAUUUUAAGGGGAGGUCACAUUUUAUAAAAAGAGAGUCUAUGAAUUAGAAUAAUAAUAAAAAAUUGAACCUAGCUAAUAAGACACUGUAUAAUCUAGACAAUAUCAAAUUUCUCAACUCGAAAAAGACCUUCAGAAAGCUAUGUCAAAUUGUGCUUAUUGGGAAUAGAAAUAUAAUGAAAUAGCUUAACAGAGUAUCAAAAUUGAAACUCAAAAGUAUGGAGGUGAUCCAACCUAAACUGCAACUUUUUGGAGAUAAAAAUAUGAUCAAGUAGAGUUAAAUAGAUAACAAUUGAUUUAAGUAAUUGCUGAUAAAGAAGAAUAAUUAGAAUUAAAUAUGUAAUCAUUCUAACAAAUUCUUAAAGAUGAAUUAAAGGAAGAACUUACUAAAAUAAGAACAUAAGAAAGAGAAAAAAUAGAACAAUAAUUCUAGCAAAAUUAUCCUUAGAGUGAAUCAAUUUUAAUUUAAAAAUUAAAAGAUUCUCAUGAAAUUGAAAAAGAAUAGCUUAUUUAAGAAUUUUUAAGAAGAAUUGAUUAACUAUUAUAGAGCAAUGUAUAAAAGUAUCCUGAAGGAGAAAAUUGGAAAGAGUUGAUAUUAAGAUAUGAAAAAUAAAGAUAAAAUGAGCUCUACGAACUAAGACAACAUUUAGAAAUUCUAUAAAGAUCAUAAAUAUCUACAAAGGAUAUAGAAUUUUAUGCUGAAAGAAGAGCAUACGAAAACACAAUUAAUGAAUUAAGAGCUAGAAUAUCAUAAGAAGAUCCUCAAGAACUUUAUGAUACAAUUGAGUAUUAAAGAAAAGUGAUUUUAGAUUAUGAAAAUCAAAUUUCAUUUUUAUAAAAUGAGCGAACAAAUCUAGAAAUGCAUAUUAUGUAAUUAAAUUAGUAAAUUGAUCAAUUAAAGGAUAAUAUUUCAAAAUUCUAAAUAUAAUAAGAUCAUAGAAAAAGAUAAAGAGCUGAAGUACUGGAAGCUAUAGAAGAGAUGAAAAGAGAAAGAGCUGCUGAUAGAGAUUCUUUCAAAUCUCCUUAUAGACAAAUGAGACAAAGUUAAAGAAGAACAUCUUGGGAUAGGUAUCCAAAAGACUUUUUAAGACCUUCUAAUAUUUAAUAGCCAUCCCCUUAUUAACAUUAAAGUUCACCUAUGCACAAAAUUCCAUUCCAGCAAUCCUAAUUUAUAUCUCCUAAAUAGGAAAAUAGAGACAUAAAUUUAAAAUUAUAAGAAUUAGAUGAAGUUAAAUAUAAGUAUUAAUCUGCUUUGAAUAAUAUUUUAUAACUUGAAACCUAAGUGAUAGAAAAGCUUCAGCAAGAUGAUUUGUAAAUUGAAUGA